ACUUUUGCGUUCACCGCCCUUUGUCGUCUCCUCUCGAUUCGAGAUGAUUUCUCUUACUGCCACAGCCUGUAUCGGCAUACUUGGCGUCGAUGUAUCGAGCCACGUUCAGAUCCGUCGUCGCACGCCACGUUGACGUCUGGCAUUCCACAACCGCAAGGUUUUCUUGCCUAGCACAGCAACUUUGUGGAACUAAUUUCCAGAUAUAUAGAUGAAUAUAAUAAUUAUGAUAUCAUCAAAUAUUCUUUACUAUUCCUAAUAUAUCAUCACUCGAUCUUGAUCCUAUCCCUCAAUGAAAUUCGCAAAUCUUCCUGUUCGCCAUAUUUUGUGAGCAUUUCCUUUGCAUGAUAAGGGCCUCCCGGCCUUCCAGGCCUCUACUCCGUAAAAGUUGUUACAUAUUUAAAUAUUAUAACAAACUCAAAAGGGCGUUCUAGUUUUUGAAUAUAAAAGAAUUUUGCGAAUAAGUUCAUAACAAUUGUGAAGAUUAAUAAAUAUAAACUAUUGAGCACCUCCUCCUUCUUGAAAUCGAUUGAUGUAACAUAUUAUAUAUAUAUUUUCAAGAGAUCUACACCUUACAUUGACUAACAACUGAAUUAGUUAUCUAACAGCAACAAUAAUAAGUAAUGGUGAACCAUGUAAGAAUUGCUAAUGACUCAGCAGUCCUACAUAACCACUGGAUUAAGAAAGUAAAAAUAUAGUAGUCACACAGACGUGGUUAUAUCGGACGAUGCAGAAAUUGUGUAACAGCAAGUUAUACAUCGUGUUCGAGCCAUUCCUUAGUGCACUUUGGCCUGAAUCGACGCCACGGUUACAUCACUCGGGUACAUAAUAUAUCAUCAUCAUAUAUCGGCUAUGGAUGAAUUCAUUACCAAGUUCAAUAAUAUUUAGUUUCUUAAAUUUAUUUGAACAUUGAAGUGACAGCCGCAGCGGUAAACACAUCAAAAUGUUUGUCGUGUUAUACGUGAUUUCAAUGGUUAUCAUAACCGCAAUUAUUGUUGGAUUUUAUCAGAAAGCCACGAACGCCAUAUGCAAAUCGAAGAAGAACUUAACGGGAAGAACAGCUAUAGUCACCGGAGGUACGAAUGGAAUGGGAUUAAGAAUUGCCACGGAUUUCGCCUCUCGAGGAGCGCGGGUUAUUGUUGCGUGUCCUUUUAUCGACGAAGGCACUCAAGGAAGGAAUGUGAUUGUUGACAAAACUGGGAACAGCGAUGUUGUGUUCAAGAUGCUGGAUCUAGCUUCGUUGGCUUCGGUGAGAUCUUUUGCGAAGGAAAUCCUUGAAACCGAAGAUCGGCUUGACAUAUUAAUAAACAACGCUGGUGUCGGAGUAGGAGUAGAUAGAUUAACAAAGGACGGCUUGAAUUUUAUAAUGCAAGUGAAUUAUUUUGGACAUUUUUUACUAACACUUCUUUUGUUGCCGUUAUUGUUGAAAACAGGCACGCCGUCGGAACCAGCGAGGGUUGUAAAUACUUCGUCUAUUCUUCAUAACAUUGGUAUCAUAAAUUUUGAUCAAAUGAACAGUCUAAAAUAUUGGUACACGAUCCAAUUAUAUGGAAAUAGUAAGUUGUGUUUAAUUUUGUUUGCUCACGAGUUGGCGAAGAAACUGAAGGGCAAAAACGUUGUGAUAAAUACCGUAGACCCUGGAGCAGUGGGCACCGGUAUAUUUAAUUGUGUUGGAUCAUUUUUCGGCGUGUUAAUAUCUUAUUUUUUCAAGAAUUUUUACAAAACUCCAUGGGAAGGUGCGCAGACAGCCAUCCAUGUGGCACUCGAUAAUAAAGCUGGAAAAGUUAGUGGAGAGUUCUUCAAGAAUUGUGAACUUACUAGAGCUAGGUCUGCUGCGUACAAUGACAGACUAUCCGCGAAGCUCUGGGAUGAAUCAGUGCGAUGUGUUAAACUGGAUUCGGCAGAAGUUAAAGAAUGUUUAACACCCAGAUUAUAAUUUGUACUACUGGAAAGCAUGAAUAUUUCUUAACUGUGCUCCACAAUAAGGAUCAAGGGUUUUAUCAAUAAAAAAUGUUUUUGGAGGCUGGUAUAUACGUUAAAAAUACAGUUUAUAAAUUUAGAAAUAUUUUCAACUUUGCUUUGAAACUUAUUGGUGGUGUGAAAACAAGAAAGUGAUAAAAAGGGAAGCCUUUGUUGUGUAUUAUAAAAAAAUCGAUAGCGAGAUAACAAAGAUACAUCGCACCUCGCGGAAAAUUUAAUUAUUGUUUUUAAAUACGAUGUUCUAUUUUAACAAUACGAUUAGAGGUAAGUUAUUUUUUUUUAUAAAUUAAAAUAUUGAGAAUAAUAGUUGAUUUUAGUAUUUGCAUUUUUGUAAAGAGACAUAAUUAUCUUUUCACCACUGCCAAGGAGAUAUAUGGCUGCGACCAACGACAUCCAAAUAGACUUGUUUACAAAAACGCACCCAGGACUACUUUGUUUACAAAAAAAUGUCAUGCCAUGUGUAUUCAAAUAUUAAAUAAACUUCCCGAUGCUAUUAAAAUGUUGAAUAUCGGUCCUUUUAAAACUCAAUUAUAUCAAUGGCUUAUUAAUUAAAAUUUUUAUGCUGUUUCUGACUUUUUAAAUUUGUGAUUUUCUUUUUUAUAAUGUUGUGCUUAACUUUGACUACAUAAUAUGUAUAUGACAUGUAUAUUUUGUGAAGAUGCUAAUAUAAUGUAACAAUGAAAUAUUAUGGUGCUGUAAUCUUAGAAUUUUAUUAUAAUAUUAUAAUGACGUGGAGCUAAUGUAAUUUGCAUGCCCUUUUUGGCUAAUGUGUUCAUUCGUAUAGGAUUUUUUCGCUAACUUGUAUACACACAUGACGCAAAUAAAGAAUUAAAGAAAUAAAGAAAUAAUAA